UUCCUAUAAAUACAAGUUAAGCAUCUCCUCUUCCUCCAUUCCACAAUAGACUUGAAGCGUAAGAGAGUAUUUCACCGAAAUUAACUGCCUUCGGUUUCUGUUGCAGUUGAGAAUGAAGCAAAAAAUAGUUAUGGAGGUAUCAAUGAACUCCAGCAAACACAGAACGAAGGCUAUGAAGAUUGCAGCCGUCGCAAACGGUGUGAAUUCUGUGGAAAUAGAAGGGUCAGACAAAGUUGUGGUGACUGGGGAUGAAGUUGAUUCGGUUAAGCUGGCCCGUGCCCUCAAGAAAAAAUUUGGGCAUGUUAUGAUAGUGAGUGUCAAAGAAGAGAAAGAAGAGAAAGAAGAGAAGAAUUCGGAAGAGAAAGACGUGCUGUCUUGGCCAAAUAAUUACUUUCAUCACUAUCCUCCAACUCUGGUGUACGAAGACAUUUACUCUCCACGCCAACCACCUCCUUGUUCCAUCCUUUGAGAUGUAUCAGUAUAAUCUUCCUUGUUAUAUAUGAGAUAUCAAAGAUAUAUGUUCUUGU